AUGGAGCGGGACAAGAGGCAAGCUCACUCGAAGGUUUGGCAUAACUACAACAGAAAUUUCCGCCCGCAUCAGAAGGGCUGGGUAUCCAUCACGCUGGGGUCCCAUUGGAUUGAGCCAAACAAAUCAGACAAUGUGAUGGAUAUACUCAAGUGCCAGCACUCCAUGGUCUCUGUGCUGGGAUGGUUUGCUAACCCUAUCCAUGGGGAUGGUGACUACCCGGAGGUCAUGAAGAAGGAGCUGCUCUCAAUUCUGCCCCUCUUCUCCCAAACAGAGAAGGAGGAGGUGAGGGGCACAGCUGAUUUCUUUGCCUUUUCCUUUGGACCCAACAAUUUCAAGCCUCUGAACACCAUGGCAAAAAUGGGGCAAAAUGUGUCACUCAAUUUAAGGCAAGUUCUGAACUGGAUUAAACUGGAAUAUGACAACCCUAAAAUCCUGAUCGCUGAAAAUGGCUGGUUCACAGAUAGUCACGUGAAGACAGAAGACACCACAGCCAUCUAUAUGAUGAAGAAUUUCCUCAAUCAGGUUCUUCAAGCAAUAAGGUUUGAUGAAAUACAAGUGUUUGGUUAUACUGCGUGGUCUCUCCUGGAUGGCUUUGAAUGGCAGGAUGCCUACACCACCCGCAGAGGAUUGUUUUAUGUGGAUUUUAAUAGUAAGCAGAAAGAAAGACAACCCAAGACCUCUGCACAUUACUAUAAACAGAUCAUACAAGAAAAUGGUUUUAUUUUAAAAGAGUCCACGCCAGAUAUACAGGGUCAGUUUCCCUGUGACUUCUCCUGGGGGAUCACUGAAUCUGUUCUUAAGCCCGAGUUUAUGGCUUCCUCCCCACAGUUUACUGACCCUCACCUGUACGUGUGGAAUGCCACCGGCAACAGAUUGCUGCACCGAGUGGAAGGGGUAAGGCUGAAAACUCGGCCAGCCCAAUGCACAGAUUUUGUGAGCAUCAAAAAACAACUUGAGAUGUUGGCCAGAAUGAAAGUCACCCACUACCGGUUUGCUCUGGACUGGGCGUCGGUCCUUCCCACCGGCAACCUGUCAGUAGUUAACCGACAGGUUCUAAGGUACUACAGGUGUGUGAUCAGCGAGGGACUGAAGCUCGGCAUCGCCCCCAUGGUCACCUUGUACUACCCGACCCAUGCCCACUUAGGCCUCCCCACGCCUCUGCUGCGCAGUGGGGGAUGGCUGAACCCAGCCACGGCGCAGGCCUUCCAGGACUACGCAGGGUUGUGCUUCCAGGAGCUGGGGGACUUGGUGAAGCUGUGGAUCACCAUCAACGAGCCCAACCGGCUGAGCGACAUCUACAACCGCACCAGCAACGACACCUACAGGGCGGCGCACCACCUGCUCAUCGCCCACGCCCUGGUGUGGCACCUGUACGACCAGCAGUACCGGGCGACGCAGCGCGGCGCCCUGUCGCUGUCGCUGCACUCGGACUGGGCCGAGCCCGCCAACCCCUUCGUGGAGUCGCACCGGGAGGCGGCCGAGCGCUUCCUGCAGUUCGAGAUCGCGUGGUUCGCAGACCCGCUGUUCAAGAGCGGGGACUACCCGGCGGCCAUGCGGGAGUACGUCGCGGCCAAGCGGCGGCGCGGGCUGUCCGGCUCGGCGCUGCCGCACUUGAGCGCGCACGAGCGCAGGCUGGUGCGCGGGGCCGCGGACUUCUACGCGCUCAACCACUUCACCACGCGCUUCGUGAUGCACGAGCCGCAGCGCGGCAGCCGCUACGACGCCGACCGCGACGUGCAGUUCCUGCAGGACAUCACGCGCCUCAGCUCGCCCAGCCGCCUGGCUGUCAUGCCCUGGGGGCAGCGCAAGAUGCUCGCCUGGAUCCGCAGGAACUACGGCGACGUGGACGUCUACAUCACGGCCAACGGUGUGGACGACCAGUCCCUGGACGAUGACCAGCUCCGGAAGUACUACCUGGAGAAGUACGUGCAGGAGGCCCUGAAAGCAUACCUGACAGAUAAGGUCAAAAUCAAAGGCUAUUUUGCAUUCAAACUGACUGAAGAAAAAUCUAAACCCAGAUUUGGAUUCUUCACAUCUGAUUUCCAAGCUAAAUCCUCCAUAGAGUUUUACAACAAGCUGAUCAGCAACAGUGGCUUCCCUUCUGAGAACAGUAGUCUUAAAUGUAGUCAGACUCCAAGAAACACAGAGUGCACUGUCUGCUCAUUUCUCCUGCAGAAGAAACCUCUGAUAUUCUUCGGUUGUUGCUUCUUCUCCACCCUGGUUCUACUAUCAUCAUUUACCAUUUUUCAUCAAAGAAAGAGAAGAAAAAUUUGGAAAGCAAAGAACUUACAACACAUACCACUAAAGAAAGGCCAUAAUAGAGUUCUUAGCUAAACUAUCUCAUUUCUGUUGUCAUGAUAGCUUAAAAAUUCACUCCAGUUCCAUAUACUGGUAACUUACAGAAGAUAAAAUUUUUAUGAAAAGACAAUUUGAGAUAUAGCAGUAACCAAGUGAUGACAACCAUUGUCUUUGCAGUGUGAUCCAACUGAAUUUUCCCUUAGGUGUUGACAUCUGUGCAUGCAGUUCCUGGAGCUGAAGGCUUACCCCGACAGUAAGCCUGUGAGGAUUACCUGACACAUUGCUUCAGGAAGUGUGAUGAGCUAUAGUCUGCUGUUUUCUGUAAAUACCAAUAGCUACUCAUGGCAAAGGAAUUAUUCUUAAAAAGUGAAAUUUUGUUCCAGUAGACUCUAUAAUAGAGAUUUAAACUAGUCUUCAAACUGGAUAGUCGGUAGUGACAUAUUCUGUCACUUCUAACAAGGUGCUUCCCCCUUUGGGUCAGGGUUAAGGUUUGUGGUUCUCAAAUGAAAACAAAAAUGAAACAGAAGACAAACAGUGCUUGCCAAAAGCCAGUUACAACAUAGACUACAGCUGUCAACCUUAGUUCUUCUCAAAGCAUUUCUAAAACAUGUAGUAAGCUUCCUCUUACUACAUUUUGAUUUUUUUAAUGCGAUUCUCAAUAAUUGUUCUCAUUGAAACAUGAGAAACGAUUAAAGAGAGCUACA